CAAAAAUUUGAUUUUUUACCUGUUUAAAGACGAAAUUCUGUAUGGUGCUUUUUUCUAUAAAAAGUUUGAACAUUUAUUAAAGAAUUGAGAUUUACAGUACAAGGUUUUGUCCGAAGAACAGCAAUCCAAAGAAAUUUGAUUUGCUAGCGUUUGAACGAACCCAGAACCAAACAGUUGAUCGCAUACAAAAAGUUAGAAAUUUGGCGUUUUAAUUGCCAAUAUUUUCUUAUUCGAUUCAUCUUUUAAUUAUUUAAAAUGGUAACUCCAGCACAAAGGAAAAAGCAGCGUUCCAACCAACCUCGAUUGACGAGAAAGAACCACAACAAGAAAGCAAAAGCAAAAAUCUAUGGUAAUUCUAUUGUUCGUGAAAAUUGGGAUAUGCAUGCCACAUUGACUCAGAAUUACGAACGAAUGGGUCUUGUAGUCACUCCCAAUUAUGUUACCGGUGGUAAAGAAAAAAUCAACCCAGAUCGCAAACCCGAAGAGAAUGAAAACAAGGCCGAACCUACCCAAGAGGAGUUAGAAGAAAUUCGUAGGAAUUUGGGUCCUGGGCAAGCUAUUGUUCGAAGAGAUGAUGAAGGAAAUAUCAUUGAGAUUAUUCAUGGUAAAGAGCGUACCUUUGAUGACGUUCUAGAUGAAGACGUGAAAAGUGUCCCAGCCAAGACUGAAGUUACAAGGAAAUUGGAGGAAGAAGCCUUGAGGAAAGAUAAGCCUCGUAAGAAACUUCCUUUAAGUGCCUUUGAAUUGUCUUACAUGACUAGACUGCUAAAGAAGUAUGGCACUGAAGAUUUCGAGAGUAUGGCAAAAGACAUGAAAUUGAACCCCAAACUCAUAAGCUCUGCCAAGCUUAAGCAAAUGUACAGCCGUAUGCAGGUAUAGAUUUAUGUACUUUUACAUCUCAUUCAUACAUGGAUAUAAUACAAUAUUGGGUUAGUUAGGUUUUGGAUAAAAAAAUACAAAUAACAAUUCAUUUUUCAUAUCUCAUUG